ACCAAUGAGCUGAGAGAGAACUCCCUCAGUCUGCUUCCUCUGUUUUUGGUUCGGGGCUUUGCACAGGAAAUCUAUUGCUGUGUCAAGUUCCAGAGAAGUUUCUUCUCUUCCAAGUUGCUGGUCAGACUAAACUACGUUGGGCCGAAGGACAAGGCAGGGAGGAAAAGGAGUGCUUAGCCCGCUGAUGGGCUGAGAGACUCGCUACCACUACCACACAGAAGCCAAGCUGAGAGCAGAGGGAACCUGGUCAUGGUCACCACGGCUCCCCUACCUGUGAGGAGAGAAAGUACCAAGUGAGCUGCAGAAAACCCGAGAACAGAAAUGCUCUUCUUUUGGAGAACGUCUGACAUAGCAGUGCUCUUGAUAUGGGGGAUCUUUGUGGCAGAGUCAAGUUGUAUGAAUAGGACUCAAACAACAGAGAAUGGUUCCUUACCUAUCGCAGCAGUUAACACUACACUGUUUGUACAGAUGGGGGAAAAGGCUCUGCUCUGCUGCCCUGCUAUUCCAUUGACAGAAGCAAUAUUAAUAAUAUGGACAAUAACCCUCAGAGGCCUGCCUUCCUGCAGAAUUACCUAUAAAGUAGACACAAAGGAGACCAAUAAAACCAACUGUACUGACAGGAGAGUCAUCUGUGCUUCCAUAUCUGACCAGAGUCCUAACCUUCAGAUCAGUGCAGUGGCCCUGGAGCAUGAUGGGUAUUACUCAUGUGAGAUAGUAACACCUCAAGGGAAUUUCCUAGGUGGAUAUGACCUGCAAGUGCUAGUCCCCCCUCAUCUAACCCUGUUUCCAGGGGAAAUUGGAACUGCAGUGUGUGAGGCAAUUGCAGGCAAGCCGGCUGCGCAGAUCUUUUGGACUCCAGAUGAGGAUUGUGGCACCAAGAAGGAAUCACAUAGCAAUGGCACAGUGACAGUCAGGAGCACAUGCCACUGGGAGCAGGACAAUGUGUCUGCUGUGGUCUGCUUUGUCUCCCAUUUGACUGGCAACUAUAGUCUGUCCGUAGGACUGAAGGGAGAUGGAAACAGGAGUCUUAGACAACAGUACCUUCCAUACAUCGUCUCAUCCCUUGUUAUUUUGACCAUCAUAGGAUGCAUUUGGCUUUUGAAGAUCAGCGGCUUCAGAAAAUGUAAAUUGCCAAAAUCGGAAGCUAUACCAGCUGUUGAGGAGGAUGAAAUGCAGCCAUAUGCGAGCUACACAGAGAAGAGCAACCCACUCUAUGAUACUGUGACCAAGGUGGAGGCACUUCCGGUGUUGUAAGAUGACGUUCAUGGCACAGACUGGCUUACUUUGUCAGCC